AUGCCGAACUGCAGCUACAGCUACGAGGGGGGCUGCGCGGGGAACGGGACGGCCCCCGGGGUCGCCCUGGGGCCGGCGGAGCCCGUCCACCAGGCGCUGGGCGUGGUGCUCAACGCCCUGCUGGCGGUGGUGGUCUUCUCGCUGGGCUGCAGCGUGCAGGGCGCCAGGGUCUGGCUCCACCUGCGCCGGCCCUGGGGCGUGGCCGCGGGGCUUCUGUGCCAGUUCGGGGUCAUGCCCCUCACGGCGCACCUGCUGGCGCUGGGCUUGGCCGUGCGGCCCGUGCAGGCGGUUGCCAUCCUCAUCAUGGGCUCCUGCCCCGGGGGGGUCAUCUCCAACAUCAUCACCUACUGGCUGGACGGAGACAUGGACCUCAGCAUCACCAUGACGGCCUGCUCGACGGUGCUCGGCCUGGGCAUGAUGCCACUUUGUCUCUACAUCUACUCCUACUCCUGGGUGCAGGCGGGCAGCAUCAAGAUCCCCUACGAAAACAUAGGUGUUACCCUUGUCACCUUGGUCGUCCCGGUUGCCUGUGGCGUCUUUGUGAACCACAAAUGGCCGAAAGCAGCAAAAAUGAUCUUGAAGGUGGGUUCUGUGUUUGGUGCCAGCCUUAUCCUGGUGAUAGCCAUCGCCAAUGCUGUCCUUUACAAAGGCUCCUGGAAUGUGGACGCCUCCUUCCUGAUCAUUGGUUUUAUCUUCCCCUUGAUUGGCUACAGUUUUGGGUUCAUCAUUUCCAUUAUCAUGAGACAGCCAUGGCCCAGGUGCAGGACAAUUGCCUUGGAGACGGGGACCCAAAAUGUGCAGAUCGCCUCUACUGUGCUGCAGGUCUCUUUCCCUCCAGAGCAGCUUGCGCAAAUGUUCACCUUCCCGCUGAUCUACGCCUCCUCCCAGCUGCUCAAUGGCCUCCUGCUGGUCGCAGCUAGGCUGCAGGAUAGAGGCCAGGUGGUGGAGGACCUAAAAACUACAGCGCUUAAUGCCUCGCACCCUGGAGAACCAGCCAACUGGCCGCUGAUCAAGGGCUUCGUCUCCCUGGGGCUGUGCAUCGUUGGUUUUGGAAGCGCCUUCGUCCCCAUCAAGAAAGCAGACACAGGAGAUGGCAUGUUCUUCCAGUGGGUGUUCUGCGGGACCCUGUGGCUGGGCUCCUUCCUGGUUCAUGCCCUCCUGGGCUGCCCACGCUUCUGGCUCCUCAGCUCGGCGGGGGGCGUUCUGUGGUGCAUAGGGAAUCUCGCCACUGUCCCCAUCCUGAAAACUGUGGGGCUCGGAAUGGGAUACCUCAUCUGGUCGACGUUCACUCUUCUGAUGGGCUGGGCCACUGCGAGUGCUGUGUUUCUGAUGCUGAUCAAGACGGAGGCGGAGACGGAGAUGGGGGCAGAGCAGGAUGAGAGGGAGGAGCGAGAACCCCUUCUGCAGAAGGAGAUGCAGGGCACCCACUGUAACCAGGCUACGCCAAUGGAAGCAGAUGGGAGAUUGGAACCUUUAGAAGGAUGA